GGUGGCGCACCGUCGAAAUGGUUCUGGGAUUCCAGCAUUCCAAAACACACAGCCGAAAUAAUGUAAUUUGGCUGGAUUUUUGGGUUGGUAAAGAAGAAUUGUGGUAGUGUUACCGACGAAAAUCUGCCGACGAUGUGAAAAUAAAAUGCAUCUAAUUCAAAAUGGCGCACGGACAUCACAGUGCUAUUUGGUGAGAUUGACACGUGUUGUGCACAGUUGAUUGUUGUUGUACUUUUCUUCCUCUCAGCCUUCAUUCAAUCGUUUUCGGUGGGUCACCAGAAUAAAAUUAUUGAAAAGUUGAAAACUUUUUUGGAGCAAACGAUCAUUGAAAAAUGGCAAGUGCAGAGUCCGUGCAGGUGAGCUCGCUGCCAUUGCCACCUAUUCAGUACAUAAACUUGUACACCGAUGAGAAUGUCAGGCGAGGGAGAGCACCAAGACCACCACCACCUGUUCACGACAGCUACUCGAUGUUUGGAAAUGUCUUCAAUGCUGAUGACACGAUCAUUAGACCGUUAGAAGCACAAGGGAUUAAGAGACUCUAUCCUCAGCAUUUUGAUCGCCGUAGGGAGCUCAAGAAACUCAAUCACUCACUUCUGGUCAACUUUCUGGAUCUCAUUGAUUUGUUAGUGCAGUGCCCUGAUAGUCCAAGACGUGCGGAGAAGGUGGAAGAUCUUAGUCUCCUCUUCAUCCACAUUCACCACCUACUAAACGAGUUCCGGCCCCAUCAAGCCAGAGAAACUUUGCGGGUAAUGAUGGAACUCCAGAGACGUCAAAGGAUUGAAACCGCCCUGAGGUUUCAGAAGCACUUGGAGAAGGUGCAGGAGAUUCUCCAGCACGCUCUCCAGAUGCUCCCCGACACCGCAGAAUUAGACUCCAAACUGGCCAUCAACACUGAAGCCAUGGAGUGCUCUGACAGCCUCAACUCAGAACACCAAAACACAGACCCGUGCUGCCCCAGUGAUAAAAUAAUGUGCAAACUGAUCGAUGAGAUGGUCUCAUCCACCGGCGCAUUCUGAACUAACUCCCCUCUUUGCCCAUCACGAGUUAAAUAACGUAAUUAUCCAUUAAGCUGUACAUACUGAUCUCGACGUGAACUGUAAUUCUAGUUUUUGCAAUGGGAAAAUAUAUACUUCCAGCGUGAAAAUUCGGUGAAUGAAUUCCAAACGAUUUCUUCAGUAUAUUAGGUUUUUAUUGAGACAAUUAGGAAUUUUCACUACAGAGUGGAUCAAGAUGAUGAUUCGAUUAUGUCAAGGUGAGGUGGGAGGGGGGAGGAGGUGAACGAAAUAAUUGUUUUUCUGUUGUUGAAACUCACCUUGUGAUUCCUAAGAUCAAAUAAAAUAAACGAAACAGUUGAAGCAAAUGAAUAUAAGGAAAUGAGACGAGUGAGCUGGCUGACCUGAAAGAAUUAGAGCAUUUGAUUGACCUGUUGGAAGUCUUCUGGGGCAUCCGACAUUCUGAAAUUAAUUAAUCAAUUAUUUAAUCGAGUUUCUCUUCCGGGUGAUGAUAACCUGGAGCAUUUCCUCGUCCAAGAGAAGGGGAUAGCCUGAAAAAUCGUAAAUUUACAUUUUAUUUUACUUUUAAUUUCAUAAAAUCAAAGAAACUUUGCUUUCCCCAAAAUUCAGUAUUCAAUUAAUCCGUAGUUUAGAAUCCUUUUUAGACGAUUUGUUUCGAGAGGAAUGAGACAAUGGUGCACAGAAUGAAUGAUUAAUCAAAUUGUAGUAAGAGUGAGGUAAAUAGAUGUUAUUUAUUCAAUAAAAAUUUAGAAAAAUAUGGAAAACGGUUUCUUUGAUUUAAGAAAUUAUAAUCAACAAAAUAAUGAUGAAUUGAUGUACUAGUCCACAGCAUAAUUGGCGCUCCCUGUUAACAUAAGAAUAAAAUGUACAGAUUGAGGAGUACAUUGAGGGCAGGAAUUGAGGGCUUGGAAAACUGGGAGUGAUCUACGCUGGGGAUCAAGGGUUGUUGCUUGGGGAGAAUACAUAUUGGAAUAAUUCCACUUAUUCUCUUCAACAUUUUAGGGCUGCAAUUUUCUCCUUCAACAGUUUUUCACUCGCACUUCACCAUUAAUUAUCCCAAUUUAUGAAGUUCUGUCUCAUCUCAUUCCCAACUAUUCAUAAGCUUCGUGGUACAGCCUCGACAAAAUGGAAAUUAAAUCAAUUCACUCUAUAGCCGAUCCAGUUAUUAAUUCAAAGUCCUCGAAAAGUUGACGCAAUAUAUAACAAAGUAAUCUUCACUCGCGAAAUUCUCACACGAACAAAAAAACAAAUGGGAGAAAAGGUAAACGUCCGUCCUUUGCUGCGUCUCGUAUUUCAAAUGAAUCCCACGUCACUGUUUUUUUGCCAUUUCAUUGAACAGUUCUUGACGCAUCCACACAAUUUCAAACGAAACCAUCCACUUUUCGUCAUUAUCAUGUCAUUGUUUGUUUUUUAAGGAAAAUGGCGAAUGAACAGGAGUCAUUAGUAUGAGUUUUUCCUCCAACCACCUCGACCUCGAGGUCUGAAUCCCCCACGCCCACCUGAACGAUUUCCCCUGAAUCUACCUCG